AUGGAAACUCAAGUUGCGGAACACGUUAGAGGAAGAGGUAUGAAUAAGCGACAAUGGACCGUUGUAGAAGACAGCAAACUAGUUGAAGUUUUACUUGACUUGGCAGGAAAUGGCCAAUGGAAAUGUGAUAAUGGAACUUUUAAAGAUGGAUUUCUAACACAAAUAGAGAAGCUCUUGGAAGACAAGAUGCCUAGAGGUGCCCAUCCGAAUGCAAGAGGAUUAAGAAACAAACCAUUCCCUCACUAUGAAAGCCUAUCUCUUAUUUUCGGCAAGGAUCGUUCUAAUGGUGAAGGAGCUGAAAAUGCAGCUGAUACUGUUGAUGAACAAAAGCCUGAAUGGAAGAGAGUUCGAGGUGAUAAUUUGGCUAUCAAAUUGACUGGUGUGACCAAACAGUUGAAAGCAAUAUUUGGCGAUGCAAAUGACCACAUUGCGAAGCUUGCAAAUUGUUUUUAG